GCCCCGGGGCCCGCCCGCCCAAACUCACGGAACCCACGACUUUUCCGGCUCGAAUGAAAUGUUAAUUCUAGGGCGUUGAUGUUUUACAAUGCCUGAUCAAGACAAAAAGGUGAAGACUACGGAAAAAUCACCAGGAAAGAAACAAGCGAUCACAACUAGAGAUUACUCCGAUCUCAAAAGACUUCGGUGCCUUUUAAACGUACAGUCGAGCAAACAUCAGCUGCCAGCUAUUAAUUUUGACAGUAGCCCAAAUAGAAUGACAAAAUCAGAGCAAAACGUCAACAAAGCUAGUGGACACAGGUGUCGAGGCCAACGGCAAGAAUCCACCGAAGCUGUUGAGCUGGAAAACUUUAGUGUCACCUACAGGAAUGAAAGAAAUUUUAGCAAGCAUCCACAACAUAAACUCUUUCAGGAGAUUUUUACAGCUUUGGUGAAGAACAGACUUGUAUGCAGGGAGUGGGUUAAUCAAGCCCCAUCUAUUCAUUUUCUGAGAGUGUUAAUCUGUCUCAGAUUACUAAUGAGAGAUUCAUGUUAUCAGGGAGUACUCCAUACUCUGGGUGGUAUUGAAAAUCUAGCUCAGUAUAUGGAAAUAGUAGCAGAUGGAUAUCUUGGCUAUGGAGAAGAGCAACAUAAUGUCGACAAAUUAGUGAACAUGACCUAUAUUUUUCAAAAACUUUCUACUGUUAAAGAUCAAAGAGAAUGGAUUAUUGCAAGUGGAGCACACAAGACAUUGGUAAAUUUACUAGGAGCCAGAGACACUAAUGUUCUCUUGGGUGCCCUCCUUGCUCUUACUAGUUUAGCCGAAAGCCCAGAAUGUAGGGAGAAGAUAGGUGAACUUGCCGUUGUAGAAAACCUGCUGAUGAUACUGCAUGACUAUGACUUGCUUUGCAAAAGGCUAACUGCUGAAUUACUGCGGCUUCUUUGUGCAGAGUCACAAGUUAAAGAGCAGGUGAAAGCAUAUGAAGGGGUUCCCAUUCUCCUUAGUUUGCUUCAUUCAGAUCACCUCAAGUUGCUCUGGAGUGUUGUUUGGAUUCUGGUUCAGGUUUGUGAGGAUCCUGAGACCAGUGUAGAAAUUCGCAUUUGGGGAGGCAUCAAGCAACUUCUUCAUAUUUUGCAAGGAGAAAGAAGUUUCGUUUCUGAUCGUUCUUCCAUUGGAAGCCUGUCUAGUGCAAAUGCUUCAGGGAGACUCCAACAGCUUCAUUGGUUGGAAGAGUUAAGUCCACAAGAAAUACAGGAAAAUACCUAUUCUCUGCAAGCGGCCUGCUGUGCUGCCCUGACUGAACUGGUGCUCAAUGAUACAAAUGCCCACCAAGUUGUACAGGAAAAUGGUGUCUAUAUAAUAGCAAAACUAAUUUUACCAAAUAAACAAGGGAGUGCAGCAAAAACAAGUUUAUUACAGUGUUAUGCUUUUAGAGCCUUGAGGUUUCUCUUCAGUAUGGAAAGAAAUAGACAUCUCUUUAAAAGACUUUUCCCCACUGACUUGUUUGAGGUCUUCAUUGAUGUGGGACAUUAUGUACGUGACAUCAGUUCUUAUGAAGAGCUAGUUUCAAAGUUAAAUUCAUUAUUGGAAGAUCAACUGAAGCAAAUUUCAGAAAAUAUUGAAAACGUUAAUCAGAAUAAAACCCCUACAAAAUUCAUAGGAAACUAUGCAAUUUUAGAUCAUCUGGGGAGUGGAGCUUUUGGAUGUGUUUAUAAGGUUAGAAAACACAAUGGUCAAAAUCUUGUGGCAAUGAAAGAGGUUAACCUUCAUAAUCCAGUAUUUGGAAAGGAUAAAAAGGAUCGAGAUAGCAGUGUAAAGAACAUUGUUUCCGAAUUGACAAUAAUUAAAGAGCAGCUCCAUCAUCCUAAUGUUGUUCGCUAUUAUAAAACAUUUCUGGAAAAUGACAGGCUAUACAUAGUUAUGGAACUCAUAGAAGGAGCACCUCUUGGAGAGCACUUUAGCUCUUUGAAGGAAAAGCAACAUCAUUUUACCGAAGAAAGAAUAUGGAAUAUAUUUAUUCAACUGUGCCUAGCUCUUCGAUACUUACAUAAGGAGAAGAGGAUUGUUCAUAGAGAUCUCACUCCAAAUAAUAUCAUGUUGGGGGAUAAGGACAAAGUAACCAUUACUGACUUUGGCCUUGCAAAGCAAAAGCAAGAAAACAGCAAACUCACAUCAGUUGUUGGAACAAUUCUCUACUCUUGUCCCGAAGUUGUGAAAAGUGAACCAUAUGGAGAGAAGGCUGAUGUCUGGGCUGCAGGAUGCAUCCUUUAUCAGAUGGCGACUCUAAAUCCUCCAUUCUACAGUACCAAUAUGCUCUCCUUAGCAACUAAAAUAGUGGAGGCUGUGUAUGAACCUGUGCCUGAAGGUGUCUACCCUGAAAAAUUGACAGUUACCAUCAAAAGAUGCUUGACUCCAGAUGCAGAAGCUCGCCCAGAUAUAGUGGAAGUCAGUUCAAUGAUAGCAGAUGUCAUGAUGAAAUAUCUCGAUGGCUUAGCCACUUCCCAAUUUGCUUUGGAGAAAAAGCUAGAGCGGGAAAGAAGACGCACACAGAGAUAUUUUAUGGAGGCUAACAGGAAUACAGCAUCUUGUCAACAGCAGCUGGGUAUCUUAGCUCAUGAGCAUUUUGAGAAGGCAAGUCUGAGCAGCAGUAGCAGUGGAGCAGCCAGUCUGAAAAGUGAAUUUUCAGAAAAUGCUGAUCUCCCCCCAGAAGCAUUGCAACCACCCUGUGGUAAAGAUGAAGAAAGAAACUGUGAGGAUAUCCUUUCAGAUGAUAACUCCACUGUAGAAAAUAUUGACAAAGAUGGAUACUCAGAAUUAGAUGAUGAACUGGACAUAUCCGAUAACUCUAGCAGCUCCAGUUCAAGUCCUUUGAAAGAAUCAACAUUUGGCAUGCUAAAACGAAGUCUAAGUGCUUCUGGAGGAGAAAGACAACAGGGAAGGGAUUUUUCUGGAGUUACAGGAUCAAGACCAAGACCAGCCUCUGCGGGGAUUGCUGUGUCCCAAAGGAAGGUACGGCAGAUCAGCGACCCUGUUCAGCAAAUUCUCACUCAAUUGCACAAAGUUAUCUACAUCACACAGCUUCCUCCUGCUUUGCACAACAAUCUGAAAAGAAGAGUUGUUGAAAGAUUUAAGAAAUCCCUCUUUGGCCAACAGAGCAAUCCUUGUAAUUUGAAAUCUGAAAUUAAAAAGUUGUCUCAAGGAUCUCCAGAGCAAAUUGAACCUACUUUUUUCACAGCAGAUUGUCAUUUAUUACUUCACUCUUCUGGUGGAAAUACCCUCCCCCACAGUGACAGGAAAGGUCUUCCUGGCAGCUUCAAUCUGGAAGAGGGAAUAACAUAUGAACAGAUGCAGACCGUGGUUGAAGAAGUCCUAGAAGAAAGUGGCUAUUACAAUUUUACUUCUUCUAGGUAUCACUCUUAUCCAUGGGGAACCAAGAACCGCCCAACUAAGAGAUGAAAACCCGG